GUGUACAAGGGAAGGCGUGAGUCAUCUCAUCUUCUGUCUUGCUGUUGCUGCGCUACUGGCGUUUGCGGGUUCCCUGUUCUGAAAUCAACAGAAGUACCUGCAUGACCAGAAAGAAGACUAUGGAGAUGUUGAAGAAAUGGCUGGGACAUCCCAAGGAGCUCUACAACUUGGUAUGGUUCAAGAUGGGCGGUUACAAGACCAUAAUGCCGAAGAUGGACCAGGACUCUCUCAGUGAAAGCCUCUGCCUCUGCUACCGGUAUGUCAACCAGAGUAGUCAGAGCUACUCUGCUAUCAUUCACAUGCUCGAUGGGGAGCUGCGCCAUGUAGUUUGCAUCAUGUACCUGGUUCUCCUGGCUCUGGACAUAGUGGAGGAUGAUAUGACCAUCAGCUUGGAAACCAAGAUUCCCAUUUUACACAACUUCCAUUCUUACCUUAAUCAGCCGGACUGGCGAUUCAUGGGCAGCAAUGACAAGAACAAGCAAGUGUUGGAGGAUUUUCCAACGAUCUCCUUGGAAUUCCGGAACCUGGCAAAGGUCUAUCAGGACAUAAUUGCAGACGUUUGCCACAAGGUGGGCCUCGGGAUGGCUGAGUUCUUAGAGAAGAAGGUGGAAUCUGAGAAGGAUUGGGACAAGUACUGUCAUUACGCAUCUGGUCAGUUGGGGAUCGGCCUCUCUCAACUCUUCUCUGUGUCCAAACUGGAGGACCUUACUGUUGGCCAGGACACAGAGCUCGCAAACACCAUGGGAGUUUUCCUGCACAAAAUCGACAUCAUCCGGGAUUACCAUGAAGACCUACUUGCAGGCAGAGAGUUUUGGCCCCGAGAGGUGUGGAGUAAGUAUGCAAAGACGAUGUCAGAUCUGGCCAAGCCAGAGAAUGUCAACAAAGCUGUCCAGUGUCUGAAUGAGCUCAUCACCAAUGCCUUGCAUCACAUCCCUGAUGUCUUGACAUACCUGUCCCGACUGAAGAACCAGAAUGUGUUCAACUUCUGUGCUAUCCCACAAGUAAGAGCCAUUGUCAUCUUGGCAGCCUGCUAUAACAAUCCACAGGUCUUCCAGGGGCCGGUGAAGAUCCGGAAAGGGCAAGACAUUUCACUGAUGAUGGAUGCCACCAACAUCCAAGCUGUCAAAGCCAUCGUGUACCAGUAUAUGGAAGAGAUUUAUCGGAAGAUCCCCAGCAGUGAUCCUUCCUCCAGCAGAACCCAACAAAUUGUCACUUCUCUCUGUUCCUUGUGUUCACCCAUGAGGGCAAUAGUCUCACAAACCCAUUACUCCGCCAUCUACAUGUCCUGUGCGAUGGUUUUAGCUGUCUUGGCCUGGCAGUAUCUGAACAUGGUAUCCAAGGUAGCUGAUGAAGACAUGCACAUAGCUGAGAACUGAGGCUUUUCAGAAAUGUAACUUAAAUCUA